CGUUGCCCGGAGACCGAAAGUUUGCGAGCCAGAACAGGCUUGGCGGCGGCCCCGGAAAGGGGGUCCAGGGGGCGGCGGCCCUGGGGAUGGGGAAGGAGCAGGAGCUGCUGGAGGCGGCCCGCACCGGACACCUCCCGGCCGUGGAGAAGCUACUGUCCGGGAAGCGCCUCUCCUCGGGCUUCGGGGGCGGCGGCAGCGGGGGCUCAGGGGGAGGCAGCGGCGGCGGCGGCGGCGGCGGCGGCGGUGGUGGUCUCGGCUCCUCGAGCCAUCCCCUCUCCAGCCUGCUCAGCAUCUGGAGAGGGCCAAAUGUGAACUGUGUUGACAGCACUGGGUAUACACCUCUGCACCAUGCUGCUUUGAAUGGCCAUAAGGAUGUGGUCGAGGUUCUUCUGAGGAAUGACGCGCUGACCAACGUGGCUGAUUCUAAAGGCUGUUACCCUCUGCACUUGGCAGCCUGGAAAGGAGAUGCCCAGAUAGUGCGAUUGCUCAUCCAUCAAGGGCCCUCACACACCAAAGUCAAUGAACAGAAUGCUCUUGAGAUCAAAGAACUCAAAAAGUACGGCCCCUUUGACCCUUAUAUCAAUGCCAAGAACAAUGACAACGAGACGGCCCUGCACUGCGCGGCGCAGUAUGGCCACACGGAGGUGGUGAAGGUCCUCUUAGAGGAGCUGACUGACCCCACCAUGCGCAACAACAAGUUCGAGACGCCUCUGGAUCUGGCUGCGCUCUACGGGAGGCUGGAGGUGGUGAAGAUGCUCCUCAACGCACACCCCAACCUCCUGAGCUGCAACACUAAGAAGCACACCCCUCUGCACUUGGCAGCACGGAAUGGCCACAAAGCCGUGGUCCAGGUCCUCCUGGAUGCCGGCAUGGAUAGCAAUUACCAGACGGAGAAGGGCAGUGCUUUGCAUGAGGCUGCUUUGUUUGGCAAGACCGAUGUGGUGCAAAUCCUGCUGGCUGCAGGAAUUGACGUCAACAUAAAAGAUAACCGUGGACUGACUGCCUUAGACACUGUCCAGGAGCUGCCGUCUCAGAAGAGCCAGCAGAUAGCAGCACUGAUCGAAGAUCACAUGACUGGAAAAAGAAGUGCAAAAGAGGUAGAUAAAACCCCCACAGCCCAGCCACCUCUCAUCUCCAACAUGGACUCCAUAUCCCAGAAGUCUCAGGGUGACGUGGAGAAAGCAGUGACUGAACUGAUCAUCGAUUUUGACACCAACAUGGAAGAGGAGGGUCCCUACGAGGUGCUGUACAACGCUGUCUCCUGCCAUUCAUUGGACAGCACGGCCAGCGGGCGCUCGUCUGACCGGGACUCCGUGAGCAGGGAGCCUGAGGCGGCGGGAGUGAAAGCUGCUGGAGUGAGGCCUAGGGAACGUCCUCCGCCUCCAGCAAAACCACCACCCGAUGAAGAGGAGGAAGACCGCAUAGAUAAGAAGUAUUUUCCCUUGACAGCUUCUGAGGUCUUGACCGUGAGACCCUGGAUUCAGGGGAGCGCAGCCAGGGAGGAGGACGAGCAUCCUUAUGAGCUACUGCUGACAGCAGAGACAAAGAAGCUGGCAUCCGUGGACGGAAGGACAAAAGACCACAGGCGGAGCAGCGGCAGCCGGAGCCAGGACUCCGCAGAGGAGCAGGACGGGCAGGUCCCGGAGCAGUUCUCAGGUCUCCUCCACGGCUCCUCCCCAGUGUGUGAGGCGGGGCAGGACCCUUUCCAGCUGCUCCCAGCCCCUGGCCAGAGCCAUCAAGAAGGGUCCCCCGCGCAGGGUGCCCGCCCCGAGGCAGGCAUGCAGCUGGAGGAGACGGGAGGGCGCGCGUCUGGAGCCUCCGCGCCCCGCGUGCCGGACCAGAGUAGGAGAGUGGGCUAUCCGGCCGGCCUGCCUCCCGCCCACAGCCAGACGCACCCCGAAACUUCAACGCGCACCACAUCUCCACACCCUGGGGGUGCCGAGGAAGAAGGCGACCGGAGCGCCGCCAGAAGCCGAGCCCCUCCCACCGGCAGACCCAAAGCUGAGCUCAAACUCAGCCGCAGCUUGUCCAAGUCUGACUCUGAUCUCCUGACCUGCUCACCCACGGAGGACGCUACGAUGGGGAGCCGGAGCGAGUCCCUGUCCAACUGCAGCAUCGGAAAGAAGAGGCUGGAGAAGUCUCCCUCCUUUGCCUCCGAGUGGGAUGAGAUUGAGAAGAUCAUGAGCUCUAUUGGAGAAGGGAUCGACUUUUCUCAGGAACAGCAGAAGAUCUCAGGUUCGCGGCCGCCGGAGCAGAGCGUCGGGGAGUGGCUGGAGGCCGUGGGGCUGCAGCAGUAUGAGAGCAGGCUGCUUCUCAAUGGCUUUGACGAUGUCCGCUUCCUGGGGCCUAAUGUGAUGGAAGAUCAAGACCUGCGGGAAAUCGGCAUCAGUGAUGCACAGCACAGGCGGAAGCUGCUCCAGGCCGCGCGGUCCCUGCCCAAGGUGAAGGCUCUGGGCUAUGAUGGGAACAGCCCCCUGUCAGUGCCCUCCUGGCUGGACUCCCUGGGCCUGCAGGACUACGUCCAUUCCUUCCUGUCGAGUGGCUACAGCUCCAUUGACACUGUGAAGAACCUCUGGGAGCUGGAGCUUGUCAACGUCCUAAAGGUGCACCUGCUUGGCCAUCGCAAGCGCAUCAUCGCCUCCCUGGCAGACCGACCCUACGAGGAGCCGCCCCAGAAGCCCCCACGGUUUUCCCAGCUGAGAUGCCAAGACUUGCUCUCGCAGACGUCGUCCCCCCUGAGCCAGAAUGACUCCUGCACCGGCCGGUCGGCUGACCUGCUGCUGCCUUCUGGGGACACGGGCAGGAGGCGGCACGACAGUCUCCAAGACCCUGUGGCGCCCUCUCGGGCCGAGCGCUUCAGGAUCCAGGAAGAGCACCGAGAGGCCAAGCUGACCCUUCGGCCCCCAAGCCUGGCUGCCCCCUAUGCCCCUGUGCAGAGUUGGCAACACCAGCCGGAGAAACUCAUCUUCGAGUCCUGCGGUUAUGAAGCCAAUUAUCUGGGCUCCAUGUUGAUCAAAGAUCUGCGAGGGACAGAAUCCACGCAAGACGCCUGUGCCAAGAUGCGGAAAUCCACGGAGCACAUGAAGAAGAUCCCCACCAUCAUCCUGUCCAUCACCUACAAGGGCGUCAAGUUCAUCGACGCCUCCAACAAGAACGUCAUCGCAGAGCACGAGAUCCGGAACAUUUCCUGUGCAGCCCAAGACCCGGAGGACCUCUGUACCUUCGCCUACAUCACCAAGGACCUGCAGACCAGCCACCACUAUUGCCACGUUUUCAGCACGGUGGACGUGAACCUGACCUAUGAGAUCAUCCUGACGCUGGGGCAGGCGUUCGAGGUGGCCUAUCAGCUGGCCCUACAGGCCCAGAAGUCCAGGCCGAUGGGGGCCUCUGCUGCCGAGAUGAUCGAAACAAAAUCUUCCAAACCGGUGCCUAAGCCUCGGGUCGGCAUGAGGAAGUCAGCACAGCUGGAACCACCCGAUAUGGACCCAGAUGCCCAGUCCCAUGCCAGCGUCUCCUGGGUUGUGGACCCCAAACCAGACUGUAAGCGGAGCCUCAGCACCAAGUAUGAGACCACUAUCUUCUAAGCACCCACCCCGCCUCCACUAGCUCAUGUGCCUUGCCGUCCGUCCUUGUGCUCUUCUCAGCUCUCCUUCCAGCUGCCGACGCCAAGGCCCCCCCCCCGCUGGGACCUCUCCUCCCGGGGCGGCAGCUUUAGACACUGCACACUCAGCUCGCACCUAACACCACCGGACACUGUGAAUUCCCCCCUUGGGCAAGGACAGCUUGGCGGGGGGGGCAAGUUGCCUUUGAGCUGGGCACCAAGAGGGCCUCAGUGGGCGGGCACUGUGGAUCCUGAGGUGGGGGCAGUCUCCAAGCAGAGUCCACACGGCACCGGAGGCUGCUCCCUCUGAUCGGCCUGGGCUCCCUGUUGGCUCUCCUCUCCCGUCUUCCGAGCCACGGCUGGGUGCCGUUGCCAAGAGCUAACUGCACCUUUCCUGACACAACCAACCACUGUGACCGCCUGGGGCCAGAACCCCCUUGCACUCUGCUAGCAGCUGGCCUGCAGCCCAUCCCUCUGUUCUCUGCUCUAAGGUUGCUGGCCUCCCCCUGUGAGACCCUCAGCUCAGCGAUGUGGCUUGACCAGGGUCAGCCUUCUUUCUGUGAGGGCCCAGGGCCUGUGCCAGGUCCUAGGGCACGUGCCUGACUCCAAAGCAUGGUGCUCUGAGCAUCUGAACACCCACAGGCUGGCUCCACGCAGCAGGUGUCUUGGUCCUGAUGGGUCUUGCACUGCAAGGAAUGGGAUGGCUCCUCACGUCUUCGCCGGGGAGUACCCGGCUGGCUCUGGAGUCUGGCUCGAGGAAGAGGAAGGCCUUCCUGUAGGAGCCAGCAGGAGGGAGGCCAGUGCCCUGCACACACCGUGCACCUUCUU